CCCUGCAGUUGGUGUUGGAGCAGUUGUCGCCCACAGAUCUUCCUCGGCACGAGCUCAGGGAUACACCACCAGGCAGGACCUAGAACGAGAACAGGCGAGAGAGGAGGGCAAGAAGAGAAAGCUGGGUGGAAUCUACGUUAACUCAAGCCUUAAGAUGGAGCUUUUCGAGACCAACCCGUACUUCUUCCCAGACCAGAGGUUUUACGAAGGGGGUGACAACUACUUUUCAGGUUCGAGGCUGACAGGAGGUUUUGACCAAGCAGGAUACCAAGACAGGAGCUCCAUGGUCGGGCUUUGCGGGGAUAGCAGGCUGCUGUCUGGCGGCGUUGGGCUGGAGGACAAGCCAUCCCCAACAUCUACUGUAGGUCUUUCGCUCUCGCCAACCCAAGAACAGCAGCACUGCCCGGGUCAGUGCCUGCCCUGGGCCUGCAAAGUGUGCAAGCGCAAGUCGGUGACCAUGGAUCGGCGGCGGGCGGCCACGCUGCGUGAGAAGCGGAGGCUCAAGAAGGUGAAUGAGGCCUUCGAGGCACUCAAGCGCAGCACACUGAUGAACCCCAACCAGAGGCUGCCCAAGGUGGAAAUCUUGAGGAGCGCCAUCCAGUACAUUGAGAGGCUGCAGGCGCUGGUCAGUUCCCUCAACCAGCAGGAACAUGAGCAGGCUGGACUGCACUACAGGGGCACAGCCCCGCAGAGGGUGUCCUCCUCAAGUGAGCAGGGGUCUGGGAGCACCUGCUGUAGCAGUCCAGAGUGGAGCAGUGCAUCUGAGCACUGCGCCCCAGCCUACAACUCCACUCAUGAAGAUCUCCUCAAUGAAGAUUCUUCUGAGCAAGCCAACUUGAGAUCCCUGACAUCCAUCGUGGACAGCAUCACAGGCACAGAGGCUACACCAGUCACUUACUCAGUAGACAUUACCAAAUGAAAAAGAAAUGGGGUGAAGAAAUGUCGGAAAUUGCCCCAUUAGGACGUCCAGGUCCAGAAAACCUAUAACGGCAGCACUACCUACGACACUGAGGCCGAGAAACUACAAGAAAACCACAAAAAAA